CACUUUCUGGGCCGCCCCACCGAGGCAGAUGCCUGGGUCUAGGCUCUAAGCUUCAUCAUCCCUUUAGAGCAUCACUUUCCUUCAGACAGACAGACAGACGGACAGACAGACACACUCACACACUCCCUGAUCUUCUCACGAGGCGAGAGACGAGCCCUGGCUGCCGCUUUUGCCCUUCCAAGUCUUGUUGUGCCUGCAGCCUCCUUCACUAAUUCCUGGCUGCCACCCCCUUCUCGGUCUCUCCUCCUCUGGUAGCUCUGAAACCGUCAACGCUGAUUUCCGUCCUUUCCACCGCGUCCAUCCUCACGAUCGAAAUUGCAAGCAACCGAGUCAGAACAAAGUAUUCGCUGGUCGCCAUGCACAAACCAUCCCUGACCCAGCUGGUCUACAAUGCAACAUUUCCUCGACCCCGAGCCAGCGACCCAGCGUCCUUUGCAGCUCAUAUCACCCGAAAUCUAGUGCCUGAAGUGCGAAUUGAGACGUGUACGUUUUACGGUGGCUUGGAUACCAUUGAAGCCCAGUACCCGGGGCUGGACUACUCGUACAAGCCUCAUCGGUUGAGACUGAGCCGGUUCCCCUGGCACCGACGACUGUUUCGAGUCUUCGACCACCUGGGGCUCACAGAGGCGGAGAUCUCUUCGCUGUGCCGCUGGGAAGGCACAAAGUCCGCACGCGAACGUUACGAGAAGGAAGAAGGGGUCAAGGUCAAGGACACCACUGCCGACACUGUUCAGCCGGCCGCACCGGCCCCGACGCCGUCUGCUGAAGUACACUAUUACGAAGGAACGGAAUUGGUGGGCGAUCUGGACUCCCCCCUCGAAAUAUCCCCCGCGGCCACCGUUGUUGCCGACGAGAUGAGCGAAGUGGUCGUCGACUACGUGUCUCGAGAAUCAUCCGACGACGAGUCAAGUGACGAGGAAAUCGAGAGCUGCGGAGUCGAGCUGAACAACCGACUCCUUGCAGCCACGGCAGCCCGCGAGCGAGGCGCCAAUGUCCCCCUUGACGAGGUCUGGGAACAAUGGCUGAAGGAAGCCUCUGAGCGAGGAGGUGCUUAUGCCGAGAUGAUCAACGCAAUCCGUACCGGCCGACCGUUGAACUACGCUUCCAACAACCCGACCUCUCCACUACCGCGCUCAAACGGCGCGAAUCUCACCACUGCGCUUGCACACUUUACGGGUUCUUAUGUGCAGCCCUCUUCGUUGGAUCUGCUUGCUUCCAACACUGCCAUUCGGCGUUCUUCCAACCAGGCAUCUGGCACUGCAUGAUGAGCUCGAUGCUCGUCUAGAUUGAGAUCCCUUUUCAUCCAAUAUUCAUUUUUGCCAUUUCAACUUUUGCAUUUCAUCGGAAUUCCCACUUCUAGCUGGCUGUUUGAUUGAUUCUCUCCGGGGCCCUUCUUCAUCGGUUAUGCAUUUCUAGCGUGGUUACUGGUAUCCAUCAUCGUUCAACCAUUUCCGUUCCUCUCAAUCGCUCAUUCUUCAUCUCAUAUUUCCUUAUUUCAACUCGUUUUGUUGCGCAUCCUUGCUUGCGAGUUAUCUGCGAAUUAGUGUGCGCUCCGUCUGGCUUUGCAGUCGAUAGAUU